GGGAAGUAACGUCAGCAGCUUGAGGAGGCGGGACUUGAAUGUGACGUAGGCUUGAAGGGGGCAACGACCGUGGGGUGACCGCUAACCUGGAAGUGGAAUUUAUUUGUUGUGGCCAUGGCAGGGAUUAAAGCUUUGAUCAGCCUGUCAUUUGGUGGAGCCAUUGGACUGAUGUUCCUGAUGCUUGGAUGUGCCCUUCCGGAGUACAACAAAUACUGGCCACUGUUUGUUCUGUUCUUUUACAUUCUCUCUCCAAUUCCAUACUGCAUAGCAACAAGAGUAGUUGAUGACACUGAUGCAACAAGCAGUGCAUGUAAAGAACUUGCCAUAUUUCUCACUACAGGCAUUGUUGUCUCAGCUUUCGGGCUGCCUAUCAUUUUUGCAAGAGCAACGCUGAUUCAAUGGGGAGCAUGUUCUCUGGUACUAACAGGCAAUAUCAUCAUCUUUGCAACCAUUCUGGGAUUUUUCAUUGUUUUUGGCACUAACGAUGACUUCAGUUGGCAGCAGUGGUGAGGGCUGCAUAUACGCAAGCAGAUACUGGAGAGAAACUUCGAAUCAAAAAUGAACUAUGCAAAAAUGUCAACCACCAUCUGACAACAGUGGAUAUAGUCACCUUUGUUGGUCUACACACAAAUAUACACUGGCAGGAGACUUAACAUUAUUUACCUAAGCAUAAUUUAUUCUGAUUUUUUUGCUAGCAAUCUCUAUUACCUUCUCACGUUGAAUCCUAAAGAGGAACUGAAUGAAACUAGAUGCAAAUUUGUAGAAUAUCGUAUUUAAGAAUUGACAUAUUUGUUUUAAGUAUUAUUUUUUCUUUAACUUAUUUUAUAAUUUAAAUAAGAUUUUAAUCUCUGUCAGAAUAUUUACCCUUUUUUGUGCUAAUGUUUACAUAAAAAUACCUUGUGUAUAUGCAGUCAGAUUUUAGUGUUGUGUUGUAAAGUUGAGUCCAAUAUUGCAUGUUUUUAAGCUUUGCUGUUAAUAAAACAUCAGUACAGAGUCAAAAACACGAAAUUUGAUGGCUUUACCGAUAACAAUUUAUCUUGUUGUUAUUAGCAUAUUUAGAAAAGAAAUCAGAACUGUUAGUAGAACAAUAGAUCUUCAUUGAUAUAUUUUUUUCAGUACCUUGUAAAAUCAGACAGGAUUUCUCUGUAACAUAAUAAGUUAGUUCGUAUGCCUUUACAUGUGCAGGUAAUCUUAUCCCCUACUUUUUUACAAUAAUUUCCUUACCAAAGAUGUUAGAUUUAUCAUCUUAUUAUCACCUGGCUUAUUCCUGUAUCCCUCUUAGUUUGGGAGAAAAAUAUCCCUUUACAUCAAAAUGUAUUUAAAAAGGUCUUACUGAAUUAACCUUAUAGUUUAACAUACACUUUCUUAACAAAAGACUACUAAUCAUUUUGUCUGUAUAACUAUUAAACUAUAGUGGAAAUACUUACU